AUGGGAGACCAGCCGCAAAAUAUGCAGUCACUAUAUAGAUUACAAUCUAAAGAUUCAGAUAUCAGCGACUCAACCAAGCCAUCCUGGUUUAAUUAUUGGUUUAUUAGGCCGUUCACUGAAGGUUUUAGAUUUGGGAUCGGAUAUUUCUUCGUCAUAGCUAUCUUAGGGCCGAAAAUUCAUAGGCUUAUGCGAAAUCCUUAA